CUGCCGGGGGAAGUUAGAGACCCUCAAAGUUUCUCAGAAAGACCCAGAGAAAAGCCCAAGGUAUCAGACAGAUUUAUUCUUAUUCAAGGGGAACUCAUUCAACCACACUGUUUUAUGAGCGCUCCCAGGAAAUUUUCACAGGGGUGUCCAUAACCAAAACAGCUCUCCUCAGGGUCACCCCAGAUUGGUUCCCACUCACGGUCGUGUGCUGAAUCACCUCCUCCUACCAUUCUCACCCGUGGUGUUUUAGUUUCCCAUGUCCUCGACUUUAUUUCUUGUAGAAGGCUUUUUACUACUACUGUUCCUUAGUCAGAGGUCAGGGGUCUGGUCGUCUGUUCUGACGAAGGACAAAAUGUACUGAUAGACAGGAGUUGAAUUCAUAGUGAAAAGAAUUAACAAAAAAAAGUUGAUAAAUAUAGAGGUCAGCCUUACCACAACGUGACCAAGACCAGAUAUGGCAUGACAUAAAAGAUGUCAUCAGUGAGUGUUACAGGGAAGUGUGGUUUAAAACUGAUGCAAUAAUCAUUGGCAUGGGAUUUAAAAAAGAAAGAAAAAAAACAGAAAUGGAAAGUUGUGUCCCUCCCUUCCUUAGAAAUUAGAGUUGCACUAGAAGUAUGAGUAAGCAUUUAAACAAGUGAACUACUGUUUCUCCAUAUGCCUGUAGUGUAAUUUAGAUCUGUGUCCAGACUAUUUUAAGACCAUUUCACAACUUAUUGGCACCACAGCUUCCACCAUGACGGCUAUUUUUACCUAACCUGGGAAUUCUCCAACUGAGCUAACAGAGAAGGAGACAAUGGGAAAUUAUUUAUCAAAGAUAGGAUCAAGGGGAACUACAUUUUUUCUACAUUUCUCAAAAACAACAUUUUAAAAAGUACUUUUUUGAAAUCCCAGUUGUGUGGCACCUGGUUUCACUUUACUUGGAACAAUAUUGGAUACAUUCACUGAUACCUUGUGGACACUGUUAUAGACAUGCAGUAUGAGUCACAUUUAAACAAGGUUUUCUAAAUCUUUGGUCCUUUUUUUGGCAUUUAAAAAACCACAUUCUUAAGUGAUAAAUAAGUAAUAAAUAAGCAAUCCUAAUAUUUGAAAUUGCGUAACAGAAACAUUCUAAAUAGAAAUCUAGGACUGGAUAAUACACAAUGUCAACAUCGAGAGUGCUUCAAAAUUUUCUAUCCAAAUUUAAAAGGGAAUUCCCUUCCUAUGUCACAUUUGAGCAGUGAUAUUUUUAUUUUAUUUCCUCUUCUUCCCUUCAAAUGAGUAAAACCUUAAAAUAUUUGUGAGGUUCUUUCCCCACAUGUAUGUGUGAAUAUUUGCAUUGCCACAGUUAAGAAAUGCCAAGAUUUUUACUUAAGUGACAUACAGUGAAAACAACAGUAAAUGUUUGGUUUUUUAAAAUUAAUGUUAUUAUUAUUACUACUAGAAAGCAAUAAAGGAAAUAGAAAUUCCUGCAUGGACCUGAAUUUGUUGCUCACUGAACCGGAUGCUUGACCCAAGUGAUAAAGGAAAGUAUUGGGAAACCCCCUCCUGCCUGAAGAAUAUAAAAUGUCCACUUAUGUCUCAGACCAGGCAACAUCUUCUGGCAGUGAGAGUUGUCGGCAUCAGAAGAACUUCAUCAGCAGUGCAUCAUGGUCUCAACCCUCAAAGCCAAGUUUCUGUCAACGCUGACGCUGCUGACAGCCCUGCUGCUGUGUGCCCUCGGAGCGCCAGUGGAAACUGAGGUGACCGACAUUCUGGCAGGUGACUCUUCAGGUGAGGAGGAGGAUGUAGUGACCCAUGGACUCUUGAGUGCGUCUCCAUUUUGGGGCUUGAUUCUCGGCGCAACUGCUCGUCACCAGAAAGAGUUUGAAGAGGAAUUCAAGAGUGAAAUGACAUAUUACUAUCUGGACAACUACAGAUUCCCCGCAAUUCCAGCAGGCUGCCCUACAUCCAACUUUAGCAAGGAGGCAUGUCUCAAGAGGUUGGCCGAAGGUCUGAACACCUACAUGGUUCUUUUAAUGUAUGUGGAGCAGGAGUAUCCCAACAACGCCAUUGUGAUGGAGAUCAAACCCUACAACAUUAGGCUAAUCAACCUCAUCAAAGAAAAGAUGAAGAACCCCAGACUGGUCACCAACAUGACCAGCAGCCAGCAGGAGAAACUGCUGAGUGACCUCAACAACCCGAUCCCUUUCGAAAGAAAGAUGACAGCGCACUGCAUCCUGCGGCAGUUCCACAACUUCCUGCGUGAUGGCAUAGUGGCAGUUCGCAAACGAGAGAGGGGGCGGACCAGUCGCGUCAUGAAACCUAACCUUCACUUUUUUACAGCACUGAAGAAUUAAGUGACCACAGAGGAAACAGGCUCUGACGUCCUGAUGAGGCACCACAGAAUUUAACAAA